UUGUUCAUCUUAAUGUGGUUGUUUUCAUUUAUUAUCAGAGGGGUCUGAAUACUUUUUUGACAGCAAAAGGCAGAAUUACAGGGGUACCACUAUGUUGUACCAAUAGAUGGCAGCAAUGUACGUUAGUUAAUACGGCUGAAUGAACACUGUUAUAGCGUUUCCAUGGGCAACGUCUCACACACGACUGAGGAACCGAGAGACCAACUAGCUACCGCUAACUACCUAAACAAAUUACUACCUAAACCUUCCUGAAGCUACACACCUCCAACCACAACACAGAUACAGCGGGAACAGCUACUUUGUUAACUAUGUCUGAAAUUAAUGGCUGCUUUGGAACAAUAUGAAUUAAAUUGAAGAACGAAAUGCCCAUGAAAUAUGUGACAGUAAAAGGAAGAAGGCUUGUGAUUCGAGAGGAAGGCAGCCACAAGGCCAAACCCCUUAAAGAAAAACGCUCUCUCAUUGGUUCCUUUGCUGCAGCAAAUCAAGUUCCUGGAUUCUGUAUGAGAGAGAGAGACAGGGCAAGAGAAGAGAGAGAGAGAGAGAGCUGCAGGAAGCCUUAGUGGGGAUGCCCUCCUAAGAAACUAGUGCAGUAGCUUCUCUGCUGACUGCUUAAGAGAUCCAGUGUGACUGGCCCGGGGUAUCCCACCACUGCAGACAGGGCCAUGGCCUCACGCAGCCCUUUUGGACGGUCCGCCAAGGACAUUAUGAAUGUGAUGCAAAGACUGCAAGAUGAACAGGAAUCAGUCCAGAAAAGAACUUUCACCAAGUGGAUUAAUUCACAUUUGGCCAAGCGUAACCCCCCUUUAGAAAUCAAUGACCUCUUUGAGGACAUCAAGGAUGGGGUGAAACUGCUGGCUCUGCUGGAGGUGCUGUCUGGGCAGAGAUUACCAUCUGAACAGGGUCGGCAGCUGAAGAGAAUCCAUUGGGUGUCCAACAUCGGUACUGCACUCAAGUUUUUGGAAGGCAGGAGGUCUGUGUACAGGGGAUCUCCGAUCAAACUAGUCAACAUAAAUGCCACCGAUAUUGCUGAUGGAAGGCCAUCCAUUGUCUUGGGGUUGAUGUGGACCAUCAUCCUCUAUUUCCAGAUCGAGGAGUUGACAAGUAACCUCCCAGCCCUGCAAGCACUGUCCAACAGCGCAUCUUCUGUAGAUAGUAUGGCCAGUUCUGAGACUGCCAGCCCACCUAUGAAGAGGAAAGUUGUCACCAAGUUUCAAGGCAAUGCAAAGAGAGCCCUGCUCAGAUGGGUGCAGUGCACAGCAACCAAGCGUUUGGGGAUUGAGGUGAAAGACUUUGGCUCUAGCUGGCGCACUGGGGUGGCCUUCCAUUCCGUCAUAUAUGCCAUUCGCCCAGACUUGGUGGACAUGGAGCUUGUGAAGAGAAGAAGCAACCGUGAGAACUUGGAGGAAGCCUUUACUGUGGCAGAGAACGAGCUGGGCAUCCCACGUCUACUAGAUCCAGAAGAUGUGGAUGUGGACAAACCUGAUGAGAAGUCCAUAAUGACUUACGUGGCUCAGUUCCUUAAGCACUACCCUGACCCCCACCAGUCGGAGACAGAUGGACAGCAAGAGGAGUAUGAUCCUCAAGAUAUUGAACUAAUGCUUGAGAGGGAGGAGCGGAAAGUUCUGCGGGAGUUGAAGGCCUGGCUGGAUCAGCUGGAGAGAGAUAUACUUCGUGCGCAGGGAGCAGAAGGCAAUCUUAGUGACAAAUAUCAGGCCUUCAAGAACUUCCGUGUGCAGUAUGAGGUGAGAAAGAAGCAGGUGGAGUCACUGCUGCAGCCCGUGCACAGGGACGGUAAACUGUCUGUGGACCAGGCAGUGGUGAAGCAGUCCUGGGAUCAAGUCUCUGUCAGGCUCCUGGACUGGCAUAUCCAUCUGGAUAAGUCUUUACCAGGUCCAUUGGGAGUGAUUGGAGCUUGGCUGCAUCGAGCAGAGCUUGCUCUCAGAGAAGACAUUCCAAUUCAGCAGGCCCAUGAGGAGACGGCCAAUAUAAUCCAUAGAAAGCUGGAGCAGCACAAGGAUGUCUUAACGAAUUUGGAAGGGCACAGACAGGCAUUCCAGCAGAUUCACAGAGACAGAUCAGUAAAUGGUGUCCCUGUCCCAGCUGAACAGCUCCAAGACAUGGCGGAAAGAUUUAAUUUCGUGUCCACCUCCUCACAUGUUCACCUAAUCAAACUGGAAUUCUGGGAAAUGAAGUACCGUCUCAUGGCAUUUCUUAUUCUGGCUGAGUCUAAGCUCAAAUCCUGGAUAAUCAAAUAUGGCCGGCGGGACUCUGUGGAGCUGCUUCUGCAGAACUACAUUGCCUUCAUAGAGGGUCACAAGUUUUUUGAACAGUAUGAGACCACAUUCCGGACACUUAAACAAGCUGCAGACGUCUACAUUAAAUCUGAUAAUUCAGGCUGUAAGAUCUCCAGGAGAGCUGAGGAGCGAGAGGGGGUGAAUAAGUUUCUGAGUGAUGCAACAGCACAGUGGAAGAACCUGUCGGUGGAGGUGCGCAGCGUGCGCAGCAUGCUAGAGGAGGUCAUCUCCAACUGGGAGAAGUACAGCAGCACGGUGGCCAGCCUGCAGGCCUGGCUGGAGGACGCCGAGCAGAUGCUCAACCACUCUGAGAGUGACAAGCGUGAAUUCUUCCGGAACCUUCCACACUGGAUACAGCAGCACAUGGAUAUGAAUGAUGCAGGGAACUUCCUAAUCGAGACCUGUGAUGAGACUGUGUCCAGAGACCUGAAGCAGCAGCUGCUCCUCCUUAAUGGCAGGUGGAGGGAGCUGUUUGUCAAAGUCAAACAUUAUGCAAGAGCAGAUGAAGUGGACAAGCUGAGGAAAGACUAUGAAGAUGGCAUCUUAGCUUUGAAGAUUUUUAUGGACACCUCCAACGAGAGGAUGAAUACGCCAGUCCAAGUCUCCUUCCUGAACAUUAGGACUUUUCUUCAAGACAUUGAGGACAUCAAGCACAAAGUACCCGCUAUGGAGGCAGUGUACAAGACAGCAACACGCAAUGCCCAGCAGCUGACCAAAGACACUCCUCAAGAGGAGAUCACACAGAUGCUAGCUGCCAUGGCAACCCUCAAAGAGGAGCUCAGCAAGAUAAGGGAGAAGGCCUUGCCUUUGCUGAGGGAUGCCCAGGCCUUGCUGCCUCCUUUAGAGGAGAUGGAGAAGCACAUCACUGGGUUCUAUCAGUCUCUGGAGAAGGCCAGUCGCAUCACCAGCACACGUGACUCUGAGACUCCAGGAGACUUUAAGCAGAAGUGUCAGGAGCUUGUGACAUACCAGCAAAGCUGUAAGAAAUGCCUCACAGUGAUCGAUAAAAACCAUCAGAUCAUAAUGAAGGCCCUGGAGAGCAGUAAAACUUUAAAACACCUGGAUACAUCUCUGCUGCAGAAGAGAGUAGCAGAACUACAGGCUUCCUCACAGGCUAUGGUAAAAGAAACCACAGAAUGGAAGAAGCAUGUAGAGGCCAACAGCAGCUUGCUGAAGAGGUUCGAGGAGUCUCGUGCAGAGCUAGAGAAGGUUCUUAAAAUAGCCAGAAGCUCUAUGACGGAGAGAGGAAAACCAGAGGACCUACUCAAAAAACACACAGAGUUCUUUGGACAGCUUGAUCAGCGAGUCCUUAAUGCAUUUCUUAAAGCCUGUGAUGAACUUACUGACAUCUUACCUGAGCAAGAACAGCAGAGUCUACAGGAAACUGUCAGGAAACUGCAUAAACAGUGGAAGGAUGUGCAGACUGAGAUUCCUUACCACCUGCUGAAUCUAAAGGUGGAGGUGGAGCACAGUCGUCUAAUGGCUUCUCUGCAGGAGUGCCAGUCUGAACUGACCCGAGAGAAUCGCAGUCUGCCAGGCAUGGGCAGUGAGAGACUUGUGAAAGAGCACAGGGCCUUUUUCAGAGAGAAGGGCCCACAGACGCUGUGUGAGAAAAGGCUGCAGCACAUGGAGGAGCUCUGUCUGAAGCUUCCCGACAGUGAGCAGGCACACCAAACUCUGGAAAAUGCCAGGUCGGCCUUUGCCGAGGUUAAAGACGAGAUAGAGAGCAUGCAUCAAAAACUCAUGCUGCACCCCGACAAGUGGAAAGAGUUUAACACCAGAUUCUCUGAGCUGUCUGCUUGGUUGACGUCGAAGGAAAGUCAGCUCAGGCUGCUGCGAAACCGAGCAAGUGAUCCCAGUAAAUUUAACCAGGUUAAAUCCACUAUAGAGAGCCUGAGGAAUGAUGCUGAGCUGCAAGAAGGGAACAUGGGCUGGCUGAAAUCUCAUCUGGCUGUGCUUAUAGAGAUCUGCACUGAAAGCGAUGCUCAAAGACAGGCAGCUGCCCUCAGCAAGCUCUCCACAGACUUCAAGAGCCUGCUUACGUCUCUCUCUGAGUCUGAGAAGGUGAUCUUGGCAGUUGGAGACUGUGUUCAGUUCCAGGAGGAAGUGAAGAACACUCUGGAUGAACUGGUGCAGGGGCAGCAGGAGCUACAGGGAGAAGUAACGAAAGUUCUCAACUCAGAGUCUGCGAGAGAAGCCCAACAGCUGCUGCUUAUUCACCAGCAACAGCUGAAACGUCUGAAGCUUAAGAGGAAGGACAUGCAGCUGCAGAUCAACAGAGGCCAGCAGCUCCAGACUGAGGAGGGCCUGGGGGAAGGUCUACAGGAUGAUCUGCAGAAACUGGAGAGCACUCUGAGUAAGAUGGACCAAAGCAUAGAGGCACAGGAGCAGAGUCUGGAGGCAACUCUGGCUGCAUGGCUAGAGUUUGACAGCCAGCAGGCAGCAGUGGGCGAGUUUUUGAACCGAGCACGUUCACUCAUAGACAGAGAAAUGACUUUCAGCAGCCCAGAGAGUCUGAGUGCAGAGCUGGAGCAGGCAAAGGGGCUGCUGAAACAGAGUGAGACUGAGGCCAAGCAAGUAAACACCCUCCUGAAGAGGGCGUCAGAGAUCCAGCUCGGACCUAAGAAUGAUUCUCUGCUCCAGAAUCAAGCUUGCUCCCUCAGCAAACAAAUGGACAAAGUUGAGGCUCACCUCAAGAAAGAUGUAACAACCUUGGAAGGAAUGAAAGAUCAGUGGGAUUCAUUUGGGAGUGAGUUUGAGACUUUCUCCACUUGGAUCUCUGAGAAAGAGAAGGAAAUAGAAGCUCUGAAGAGCUCUAAUGCACCACUGGAGCAGCAGGUUAACGCUGUGAAGGCUGUAAUAAAUGAGUUGCAAGAGCAAGCAAAGACCUUCUCCCAUCUGGAGGAAAGUGCUCAGGCAAUGGCUCAGUUUGUGUCCUCGGGCGAGUCUGCCCGAAUCAAAGCUCGGCUUACUCAGAUUGGCAGGUACUGGGAGGAGCUUAAGGAGAGUGUGGAGCAUUUGAAUGGACUGUUGGAGGAGAGCUGUUCACACCAGCAGAAGUUUGACGCAAACCUUCAACAGCUGCAAUCUGAGAUUGAUGACAUCCAUAAGAAGCUGGACACACCUGUAACAACCUGUGUAUCUUCAGCUGCAACCUACAAAGCCCUACAGGACCACAUGGAUGUAUUCCAGUCCCUUGAAAAACUAAAGGCCACCCUGCUGUCUCUGUGUGCUGGAGCCCGCAGGCUGAGUGAGAGAGAGAAGGCAGAGAGAGCAGUGACAGCUCUACAGCAGAGCUAUGAGCAGAACCUUAAGCAAGCCAAAGACAAGCAGAGCCAAAUGGAGAACCUGCUGUCACUCUGGCAGAAGUAUGAAAAAGACUGGUUAUCGUUGCAAUUAUGCCUUGAGAGAUGUGAAUCCAUGUCUGCUUCUGCCAGCCAGUAUCUCAUUGUGGACAAAGCUAAGUUGGAUGGAGAGCUGAUGGAACUGAAGCAUCUACACUCUGAGCUGCAGUCUCUGGAGUCAGUGUAUGAAGGACUGUUAACCCAAGCUCCUGGCCUUUACCCCACGGCAUCAGAAGAGCGAGUAAAGACCCUCGAAGAACAUCAAGAACAGCUGAAGAAAAGAUGGAGCUCCCAAAGCACAGCAAUACCUGGCAGAAUUCAAGUUCUUCAAGACCAUCUGUCUCAGAUGGCAGAAUUUGAUCAGGCUCUGCAGAAGUUCUUCAAAUGGGGAGAGUCUUUUCUGUCAUCUCUUCACUCUUUCUCCCAAGUGAACAUUGCAGAUUUACAGCCAAUUGCAGUGGAAAUAAAGGAGAAGGCAGAGGUUCUGCAGAGCCAAAACAGUGAGAGAGAGAAUAUCCAGCAGCAGACUGAUACCCUGUGUGCCUCCUGUGAGCCUGUGGAGAAGCAGCUCCUGCAGAGCAGACUGGAGAACAGCCUACAGCCCUACCUGGAAGCCCAGCAGCUGGUGAUGCUGCGAGGUGAGGGUGUGGAGAAGCUAGAGGCUUUCCUGCAGACGCACAGCGUAGCUGCAGGUGUUCUGCGGGGCCUCAGGCAAACGGUGGAGAGUGCUGGCAGCUGGGACAAGAGCCGAGUGGACGAGUUACAGAGUGAUCUGGAGGCCAUCGUGCCCGACAUCAGCCGCCUGGAGACACUGGCCAUCAGUUUGGACAGCACCUUGUGUAAGGCCCACCUCCACCUGACUGAUGGGAAGGAUGCACGCACCUCGUGCAGAUCGCUGGCUGAUUCUCUGAGUGCAGAUCUGGAUGGAGUGAGAAGCCUGCUGGGUUCCAAACAGAGUGAGGCAGAGGCUUUGGGAGCAUUGUGGAGCUCCUUCAGACAACGCAAAGAGCAGCUGCUCAAGAGUGUGGAAGAUAUUGAGGAAAAGGCUGACCAGCAGACCCUCAAAGAGCCCAAUCUGCUCACCUUACAACAAAGGCUUCGAUGCUUUAAUCAGCUGGAAGAUGAGCUCCAGUCCCAUCAGCAUGAGGAGCAGUGGCUAAAAGAUAAAGGCCAGCAGUUGGCCCAGAGAGAUGCAGAACUAGCUGGAGAGGUGCUGAGGGAGAUCAACCUUCUUAAGACCACCUGGGAUGACACCAAGAAAGUUAUUACAGAAAGACAGGAGCAGUGUAAUGCCAUGAUUGAACAGAUGAGAGACUACCAAGGUCUGAAGUCCUCGAUUAAUGCAAUAGUAGAGAGUGCAGAGAAUGUGGCUGAUAUUAAAUUGGUUAUAAAAGAUCAGGAGGACACCAGGAGAUCACUGUCUAAGCAUGAAUCAGUUAAGACUGAAUUAGCAAGUAAUCAAGGUGAACUGGACCGCUUCUCUAGUAAAGGCAAGCAGCUGCUGAGUGAACUAAGCAGGAUUCCAGACUGUCAAACCCAAGUAAUAAAGAUGGAAAUGGAAGCUGUAGUGGACCAGUGGCUGGAUGUGUCUGAGAGAAUCGAGGACAACCUCGAAAAUCUAAAGAAAAGUUUGUCCAUAUGGGAGGAUAUUUAUGGUGUCAGUGAGGAAAUAGAGAGCUGGUCCAAUAGCUCUGUAAUGGAACUCACUGACAGCCUCAAUAACUUCAACGACAGCCAGAAGACUGAACACCGCCUCGCUGAAGUCAAGGUUGAGGUUCAACAGAAGGAGAAGAGAUUAGACAGUCUCCAGUCUAAGGUGUCGGAGCUGAAACAGCUUGGUGGUACUCAAGACACCCCACCAGCACUGCAGGUUAUCGAGGCUGACCUGAGGAAGAAGAUAAGCAAUGUGCAGGAGUUGUGUGAACAAGCAAAGAACAACUUGAAAGAUUUUUGCUCUCAGAAAAAGCAGCUUGAGGACUUUCUUUCUCAGAUGACUGAAUGGCUGAAGAAGGUGGAAGGCUCUCUGCUGGACUCACAGUGUGCAUCGCCACCAGAGGAGAUCUGCAGAGUGAAGGAUAUCCAGAAAGAUCUGCAGAACCAGCAGACGAGCAUUGACUCAGCACGAGAGAGCCUGAACACGCUUUGCAGAAAGUAUCCCUCAGAAGAACUGACUGCUCUCGGCUCAGCCCUAACUGACCUUAUCAAGAAAUAUGAAACUGUCAAUCAGCUUUGUGUCAAAAGACUGGGGUCAAUGCAGCAUGGGCUACAGCAGCUCUUCAGUGAACUUGUGAAGCAGUUUCAUACAUGGGUUUCUGGACAGAAGGAUAUAGUUAGAGAAUGUUUUGACCAUUCUGGGGACAUCAGCAUUGUGGAGCGCAAAUUGCAGAAGCUUAAGGGAGCUCUGGAGCGGGUUGAGGAUGGAGAAGGUCGUCUGAUGCAGGUGUGUCAGGAAGGAGAGAAGCUCCUGCUUUAUCUCCCCAAAGCCACCGCUGGCCAGGUCCAGCAGAGUCUCUCGUCUAUCCAGCAGGACUGGGACAGUUAUGUGGAGCAGUGCAGGCUGAAUCAGCAGAGCCUGGAGGAAAGCUCCACUCUGCUCAAUGGCUUUGAGAACCAUCUACAAAGACUGGGUCGCUGGCUGGAGCGAAUGGAAGUGAGACUGGGCACAGAACUUCCAGAGAGCAAACACAGCGACCAAGAGAAAGCCGGACUGGAUCGUGUAGAGGAGUUCUAUCAGGAAGCUCUAAAGGAGAGGGACUCCUUUGAAAACCUGUGCCAGGAGGCUCAGGCUCUGAGUGAGGGAGGUCACGGCAGUGGGUCAGAACUGCGAGUUUCUACCCAGCUGCAAAUGCAGCAGCAGAGUCUGCUGAAGGCUGUGAGGGAGCGACUGCGCAGCUGCCAGCUAAGCUUGCAGGAGCAGCAGGCCUUUGAGGAGACCCUGCACAACACCUGGGCCUGGCUCAGCAACAUCCAAGAACGGCUUACGGCGCUUAACAGCACCACCGGCAACAAGGAAACACUGGAGAAGAGACUGGGGAUGGUGCAGGACAUUCUGUUAAUGAAAGGAGAAGGAGAGGUCAAGCUGAAUAUGACAGUUGGUAAAGGGGAGCAAGUUGUGAAGAACUGCAGCAAGGACAAACAGAAGGCUAUCCGCUCUCAGCUCCAGAGUCUGAAAGAUUCCUGGGCCAACAUGCUCAUGACUGCUAUGAGCUCUCACAGUCGUCUGGAGUGGACUGUGGCUCAGUGGAGCAGCUAUCAGGAAGGGAAAGCUCAGCUUCAGCAGUGGAUGGAGACAGUGGAGCAGGAGGUUGGAGUGGCUCUUCCUCAGCAGCCUGGCCUUAAGGAGAAAGCCUCUUUGCUGGAUCGCCUGCGGGCCAUACAGGCUGACGUCGAUGGCCACUCGGCAUCACUCAGUCGCCUGAAUGAGAAAGCUGCUGAGCUUCACGACAAGACUGGAGACCAGACCUUUGCAGAAGAGCCUAGAGCAGAACUUAACUCCCAAUUUUCUGACAUUACUACAGUCAUCAAAAGUAAGGUGCAACAGAUGGAGGAGAUAGUGAAAGAGCAUGAGCAGUAUGUGGAGGCUGUGCGGGAGCUAAAUGACUGGCUGACCUCUGCUAAAGAGGAGCUGCAGCGCUGGUCUGACAUGUCUGGGGAUGCUGUCUCUGUUCAGAAGAAGCUUUCCAAAGUGCGGGAGCUGCUGGACUCCAGGAAACAGGGCAAGGAACGACUGACGCGGGUGCAGCAAUGUGGGGCUUCAACGCGGGACCACACCUCAACUGUGGGCUGUGAGGCUUUGGAGAGAGAGGAAUCUGCUCUGCUCUCUGCGUGGGAACAGUGGGAGCGCGGGGCUAAGCACGUGCGCUCGGGUCUGGAGGCCACAUUAGCUCAGAUGGCCAGCUCAGAACAAGAGUUUAGCAGUUUAGCAGCACAGCUGGAGCAGGACCUGCUAGACUUCAGCAGUCGACUGAAUGAUUGGCGUGUCACGCUACAGCAGGUGGAGGCCAUGAAGACCAGCGAGGAGGCUGUACAGGGCUGGCAGAUUGCCAAGGACACCCUGGAAGCACUGCUUAAUGUGGAGCCCAUGUCAGACAGUUUGAAGUCGCAGCUGAAUGACCUGUGCCGUUUCUCCAGAGACCUGGGAACACAGUCUGAGAGAGUGUCUGCCCUGAUCAAAGAGUACAACAGUCUGAGCCUGCAGGCCUCUCGGGAAUGCCAGGGAAAAGAGAAGCUGCUGGAGCAGAAGUUUCGGGCAGCUUUUCGAGACUUUCAGCAGUGGCUGGUCAGCGCUAAAAUUAACACAGCCAAGUGUUUUGAUGCCCCACAAAAUCUUGCUGAGGCUUCAUCUAGUCUGCAGAAGAUCCAGGAGUUCCUGAGUGACAGAGAGCACGCACAUGCAAAACUGAAUGCAGUAGCAGCGAGUGGAGACCUGUUGAUCAACAUUGCUGCUAAAGAUCGCAUAGAGGCAGUCCGGAAUAAAGUGAGCAGUGCCAGAGAGGACUGGAAGUCACUGAUGACAAACCUGCAUCAGAGAGAGACUGCUUUACAAAACCUGCAGGCUCAGAUGAGAGACUUCGAGACGAGUGUGGAGCCACUGCAGGAAUGGUUAAAUGAGACUGAGGCAGCUGUGCAGCAGAGCAGCAGUCGGCUGCAUGACCUCUCAGCUAAGAAACAUGAACUCCAGAGGGUCCAGUCAGUGCUUGAAGAGUUGGCCUCUCAGGAGGUUCAGCUGAGCAGACUGAGAGAAAAGGCCCAGCAGCUGUGGGACGGACACACGGCCGGAAAGGGCUUUGUGCACCGCGUCUCGCAGCUCUCCGCCCACUACCUAGCUUUAAGCAACCUGACCAAGGAAAAAGCCUCCCGGAUCGAAAGGAUUGUGUCGGAGCACCAGCUUUUCUCUCAGGGUCUGAAGGAGCUGCAGAACUGGGUAGCUGACACCAGUCACAUGCUGCAGACGUACUGCACGCCAACAGCAGAUAAGAAUGUGCUGGACAGCAGGAUGAUCAAACUUGAGGCUCUGCUUACAGCUCGCCAGGAGAAGGAGAUCCAGCUGAAGAUGCUGGUCACACGAGGUGAGUCUGUGCAGAGGAACACGUCCGCCGAGGGAGUUCCUCUGGUGCGCCAACAGAUCCAGGAUCUGAAGGACUCAUGGGAUGCCCUGCUGUCUGCAUCCAUUCAGUGCAAGAGUCAGCUGGAGGGAGCACUGUCACAGUGGACCAGUUAUCAGGAGGACGUGCGGCAGUUUGUGAGCUGGAUUGAGCAGGUGGAGGAAAGUCUUAACUCCACGGACAAACAGUGCUCCGAGAUGAGAGAUAAAACUGCCAACCUGGGCAAAGCCAAGCUUUUAUAUGAGGAAGUGCUGAGUCACAGCUCAGUCCUCGACACCAUCUCAAUAAAAGGUUCCAACAUGGCUGAGCAUUAUGUCACCCAGCUGGAGAUUCAAGACCUGCAGGAGCGGUAUAAUGCUGUUAAAGAGAGAGCACAGCUGGCAGUGGGGAAAGCAGAGGAGCUGGUUCUGGCCCAUCAGGAGUACCAGCACAGUUUGCACGAGUUUAAGGACUGGCUGGAGCAGCAGCAGGAGAAACUCAGCUGUUACACUCAGCUGGAGGGAGAUGUUGAAACCCUGGAGGAAACACUGCAAAAGCUUCAGGAGCUACAGGUGCACUGCACAGAAGGACAGGCUCUGCUGAACACGCUGUUGGUAAACCGUGAGCAGGUUAUUCCAUGGGGAACACCCCAGUUGGAGGACCGCACACUCGAAUCAGUUCAGCAGGAGUGGACCACUUACCAGGCCCGGCUGGGCGAGACCAGAUCUCAGCUGAACAGUGCCUUAGCCAAGCUCCGACAGAUCGAGCAGAAGUUCCAGCGGCUUGAUAACUGGCUGAAGGGAAUGGAGAGUAAAGGCCAGCUGCGAAGCUGCAGGCGUUCUGAUAGAGCUACCAAAGAGGCCCAGCUACAGCUGCUAAAGAGCUGGCAUGAGGAGGUGCUGGUCUACCAGGAGGAGAUAGAGGGUUUAAGUUAUCUGGCUCAGCAAGUUCUGGAGGAGACCCACAUCAGUAGUCGAGUGAGCACAAGAGCCACACAGCUCACUUCACGCUACCAUGCCCUGCUCCUGCACUUGCUGGAGACAAUCAAACAACUGAAAGAGGAAGUGUCCAGCAUUGAAGAAGCUCACAGCAUCUUCAGCACAUUCUCUGACUGGCUGAGCACGGCACAGAAGAACUUCAGCAGUGUGGCCAUCAGCAUUGAUGCUGUUGAUCGGGUUGCGAUGGAGAAGAAAAUGAAAAAACUAGAGGCUCUUCAAGGUGAUAUGGAGCUGGGUCACACGUUCCUAAAGACCAUGAGGGAAAAGACUGAACGGGCCAUGGCCUUCCUGGAGGAGUCAGAGGCUGAGCAGCUGAAAGAAGAGAUCAACACGCGUCUCUCUCAGCUGGAGGAGUUAAUGGGAGCUCUGCGGGCUGAGAUCAGCGCUCAGGAGAAGUGCAUCCAGCUUUCUAAGGAUUUUCUAGACAAGUAUAAGACACAGAACCAGUGGCUUACAGAAACUAAAUCCCUACUGGCCUCCCCAGUGGAACUUAAAGCUGAACUGUAUCAGAAGAAGGCCCAAUUAGCCAAAUACAAGACAAUUCAACAAACUGUGCAGUCUCACGAAUCAGCUGUAAAGUCUGUCAUUGAGAAAGGAGAAGCACUGGUGGAAACUGUGCGUGACCCGACUAUAAGUGAGAACAUGGCUAAGCUGGAAAGGGACUAUCAAGAUAUAUCCAACACAGCCAAGGCUCAAGUACAGAAGCUGUUGGAGGGGGUGAAAGAGCAUGAGCAGUAUAACAGUGAGCUACAGGAGGUGGAGAAGUGGCUCCUACAGAUGUCAAGCAGACUGGUCAGCUCUGACUCUAUGCAAAGUGGCAGUCUAGAGAUGGCCACACAGCAGCUAGCAAGACACAAGGCAAUAAUGGAGGAAAUUGCUGGCUUUGAAGAGCGCUUGACAAGUCUGAAAGCGAAAGGUGAGGGUCUUGUCAGUAGCUGUUCAGAGCAAGUUCAGGCCAAGAUCAGCCAGCAGAUUCAGACUCACCAGCAAGGAACCAAAGACAGCUAUUCAGCUAUCUGCAGCACAGCUCAACGGGUUUAUCAGAGUCUUGACAGAGAGCUCCAGAAGCAUGUUAGUCACCAGGAUACUCUGCAGCAGUGUGAGACCUGGCUCUCUUCUGUUCAAGAGGAGAUGCAACUACAUUCACAGACCCCCUUUAGCCUUCAAGAAGCACUUAAACAGAUGAAGCACUUCAGGGCGUUACAGGAGCAAGCCAGCACCUAUCUUGAUCUGGUUUGUUCAGUCUGUGAUUUAUCAGAUGAGUCUGUGAGAGCCACAGCUACAAAGAUUCAGCAGAUAAAAACCAUGAUUGAAGAAAGGAUGUCCAGAGCGCAGCAGCUAUCAGAAAGCUGGAGGGAGAUUAAGGAACAAAAGCAGGAGCUAUCUACACUCUUCCAAGAUUUGGAACAGCAAUUACAAAGCCUUUCUCGAAGACCUGCUGAACUGGAGCCUAAGAUUGCCCAGAACAUGCUGGACCAGGCCAAAGAGUUUGGCCAGCAGCUGCAAAGCAGGCAGAGUACUUUGACGAAGAUGACGGAGAGUGUGAGUAAGCUUACAGAAGGCCGUGACUCUCCAGAACAUGCAGAGAUUAACCAACUGAGUCAUGCAUGGCUAGAGCUGUGCCACCAGGCCAACAGGCUGCAGACCCAGAGGGAAGAAGAUCUGCUGAGAACAAAGGACUACCAUGACUCCAUCAGUGCCAUCGAAGCCCUGUUUGAACAGGUUUCCAAGGAAUGGGAUAAUCUAGCAAGAACUGAUGCUGAGAGCUCAUCUGAACAUCUGGAGGCCCUCCGGAAACUCUCAAUUGCCCUCAAAGAUAAGAAGAACACCCUUGAUGACCUGAAAGAACAAAAGCAGAAAGUCAUGUAUUACUUAAAUCUGGAUGACAAAGAGCUGGUGAAGGAACAGAUCAGCCACUUUGAGCAGCGAUGGGCCCACCUGGAGAGCCUCAUCGAGAGAAAGAUCCAGGACUCUCUACUGACACUUGAUGACAUGAGCCAAGUAGAGGCUCGACUGAAAGAGGCAAGAGAAUGGGCUGAGGAGCAACGACCUGCCCUGUCUGAGGCUAUGAAAAUGAGCCCACCACCAGAGCUGGCUCAGAGCUUCCUUUUUGAUCACCUCAGCAUCUGCAGUGAGCUUGAGGCUAAGCAGUUGCUGCUUUCCCAGGCCAUGAGUGAUGCAGACAGGGUUUUAGCACACCUGGGCCUCAAUGAAAGGCAACAUCUGCAGCAGCUCAUCUCAGAGACCCAGGCUGAGGUAGAGACUUUGAGUGUCAAAGUAGCCCAGCGAAGGAAACACCUCAGUAAGGCUUUCACAGAGAGGACCCAGUUCCUACUGGCUGUAAGUCAGGCUAUCACUUGGGUCCAGCAGAAUGAGAAGAAAGCCCAGGCUGAUGACUACAUUGCACUUUUACCAGACGAUUUGUCUAAGCAGGUGAGGACCUGCAGGAACAUCCAAAGCAGCCUGAGGGCUUACCAGAGUGAGCUAACUUCACUGUGGUCUCAAGGAAGGGAUCUAAUGAAAGAUGCCACUGAGGAAGAGAAGACUGAGAUGCUAACCAAACUGCAGGAAUUACAGAAUAUCUUCGAGAUAGCUUUGCAAAAGUGUAGCCAAAGACUUCAGGAGCUGGAGAAGGUUCUGGUGACUAGAAAAUACUUUAAGGCAGAUUUAGAAAAGACAUGCCAGUGGUUGAAACAAGCAGAUAUUGUAACAUUUCCAGAGAUAAACCUCAUGAAUGGAGACGCAGAGCUAAGUGCACAGCUCAUAAAAUACCAGCAAAUACUGAAUCAAGCUGCUGAAUAUGAGAAUCUCCUGCUAAUCGUCCAAAGAGCGGGCCAAGACAUACUGCCCACGCUCAGCGAGGUUGACCAUUGCUAUUUGGAUGAAAAACUUAAUGCUCUUCCUCAGCAAUACAACAACAUCCUGGCAUUAGCGAAAGAAAAGCAAGAGAAGAUCCAGCAAGCCAUCCUUGCACGUCAGGAGUACGCGUCAUUCAUUGAUGUGACCCACAAAGCAUUGAAAGAACUUGAAGAACAGUUCCACAACCUUGGGACUCAACCCGUUGGUCUACAGACAGAAGAGGUCAUUAGUUUACAGCAGGAUUAUAAAGUCUUGCUUGAAGAGUUGACCAAUCUUGGGCAGGCGGUUAGUGAGCUGAACCAGAAAAAAGAGGGCUUUCGCAGCACAGGGCAACCCUGGCAACCUGAGGAAAUGACACAACUAGUCAGCCUGUAUAAUGGUCUGAAAAGACUUAUAGAACAGAGAGUGGAACAUCUUGAUGACACUUUGGAAUCAUUUGAAGACCACCAAGCCAUGGCCAUGCAAGUUGACUCAGAGUUAAAAGCAACUAAAGAGCAACUGGUCAAAGUCAAUGCUGAGACUCAGUCAGCCGAAGAGAGGCUGAAGAACUAUCAUGCCCUUGCUGCUAGUCUUCAGGGAGCCAACUCCCACCUCUCCAGACUCAUGGAGCAGAUGGGCAACCUCGCAACCCACAUGGACCCAGCUGCCCACGAGGUUUCUCAGCAGCGUGUGGUAUCCUGGCAGGAGGAACUUCAGUCUCUACAGUCAGAUGUGGGAGAGAUGAUAGUGGAGUGUGAGAACAGGUUCGUUCAGAGUAAGGACUUUGAAACUGAAGUGAAACGCACUUUAGCAUGGCUGCAGCAGAUCCGAGAUGAGCUUGGUUGUGCCGUGGUUGUGGACGUGAAGGUGGAAAAGGUUCAGGAAGAGAUCAGGAAGCAGCAGAUCAUGCAGGAAGAAGUGCAGUCUCGACUAAGGAUAGUGACUGCACUGAGUAACAGGGAGAAACAGAAGUAUACCAGUGCUAAUGAGCUGGUCCCACCUCAUGUGGACUCCAGUCUGCAGGAAAUGGCACAGCUGGAGGCUGAUGUACAGCGAGCCCUCAGCUCUAAGCAGAUCACUCUAGAGCAAGCACUGGCUUUAUGCCAGAAGUACCAUUCACGGAUGCAGGCCGCGUGUGAGUGGCUGGAAGAUGCUGUAGGCUUCUUGCAGCAGGCCAGUCUAGGAGUGGAUGUGGAGAACUACGAAGAAUGCCUACGGCAACAGGAGGAUAUCAUGGCCACUGAGCAGGACUUCCUGGGUGUUCUGGAAGAGCUUGAGUCACUUCCACCUCAACUAGAGAACCUGGUGAACCCCACAGCCAAAGAACAGCUGAGGCAGAGUGUGGAGUCUGCUCAACAAAGAGGAGUAGAAGUUAGAGACCAGCUUCAGUGUCACCAAGAUGUCCUGAACAGCUGUGUAGCACAAUGGAAAUCCUAUCAAGAUGCCAGACAGACAGUAAUUGAGCUGAUGAACGAGGCAGAGAAAAAACUGACUGAGUUCUCUACAGCCAAGGCUGAAACUUUCCAGGAAGCAGAAGAGAAGCUCAGAACUCAUAAGUCAUUAGUGUCCAUGGUAAAUGGAUUCCAGGAGAAACUGACUGGUCUAGAGGAGCAGGCAUCUCAGCUUGAGCUGAUUGGCAGUGAUGCCAGCAAGGCCACUAUAAGUCGCUCCAUGACCACAGUAUGGCAGCGCUGGACUAGACUGCGUAGUGUGGCUCGAGGUCAAGAGAGAGUGCUAGAGGACACAGCUCACGAGUGGAGGACUUUCAGAGAGAAGAUGAUGAAAAUAAGAGCUGUGGCAGAAGAGCUCAGGAGUCGUGUUCCUGAAUGUACUGUAGAAAAAGCCUCAAAGGCCACACUGCAGUCUCAUCUGGAGCAACAUGAGAUGGUCACCCAGGAUCUGGAGAGGGAACUGUCCUCUCUCACACUCCUGCGGCAGUACGCACUUAGCCUGUUGCAUGACGUUGAGGUGCCAGUACCAACUGCUGACCUUGACCAGCUGCCAAGUCUAAAAGAAAUUAAAGCUGUGCAAGAUCAGUUUGAGAGUCUGCUGCAGAAGUCCAGGACAGGCAGAGCACAUGUUCAUCAGGAACUGAAGGAUAGAGAGGAUGUGGAGCGAGGCCUAAGCAUGGUAAAAAUCUGGAUUCAGAAUUCAAGAGAGCUCUUGUUGAACCCCACAGCUGAUAUGGACAUUCUCACACAGGAGAUGGAGGUAAUGCAUGGAGAACUGAUCACCCAUCGCCAGAAUGUGGAUAAGAUUGCAGAGCAUCAGCAGAACAAGUAUCUGGACUUGUAUACCAUCCUGCCAUCAGAAAUCUCCAUGCAGCUGGCUGAGGUUGCACUGGCACUGGGCUCAAUUGAAGAUCAGGUCCAAGCCAAAGAGAGAGACAUUCAGAAGACCAGAGUCAUCAAAGAAGAGUUUAAUUCCAGGAUUCAUGAUGUGUCUGAGAAAAUGAAAAACAUUUCUUCCACACUGAAAGAAAAGGCCACUGACAUUAAUCAAGCCAGGGAGGAAACUCGAGGUUUCUGUGAUGAGCUGGAGAGCUGUGGUAGGACACUUGCUGAGCUGGACGCUGCUGUUCAGGACUUUGGUCGGCGCAAUCCUUUUCUAGCCAAACAACUUGGUGACUCUAUUGCUAAAUUAGGAGAAAUCCAUCACCACACCCUCCGUCUGGCAGAGUAUAGGAACAUCUGGUUAAAGAAGGCUGAUACAUAUCUAGAUGAGUACAAUGAGAUGCUGGAAUUUAUAGUAAAGUGGACAGAGAGAGCAAGAAGCCUGGUAAAGGCCAACAUUAUCUGGAACUCAUCCUCUCACUUGCAGGAGCAGAUCAGAAUGUAUCAGGCUGUAUUGCGUGAAUCCAAGGAGCUCCAUGGUGAUUUGGAAGCAAUGCAGGAAAAGGUAGAGCUGUUGUCUGAGUCUCUGCAGGUAGAAGCCAUGGGCCAGCAGGUGGCUGAGCUAAGUCGACACACAGAGGAGUUGGAGCAGGCCAUCAAGUCACGUUUACAGAGUCUACAGGAUGCUGCUAAGGAUAUGGAGAAGUUUGAGAGUGAAGUAAAAACUCUGCAUGUAGCUCUGGAUCAGGUUCAGGCCACUCUAACCUCUCCUGAACUUGCUCGCCUGAGCCUCAAAGAACAGCUGACUCAGAGACAGCGCCUCUUAUCGGAGAUGGAGAGUUUUAAGCAGCAGGUGCAGGUAGUGCAGGUGUGUCAGAGUGCUCUUCGGGUGCCGGAGGAGGUCAUGAUGAGCUUGUCUAUCUGUCGCACAGCUCAUGGCCUCCAGCAGGAGGCUAGCCAGCUGCAGCACACUGCCAUCCAACAGUGCAACAUUCUUCAGGAAGCAGUGGUGCAGUAUGAACAGUAUGAGCAGGAGGUGAAACAUCUGCAAGGCCUUAUUGAGGAUGCUCACCGGGUUAUCCAGGACCGACCUGUUCAUACCAGCAACAUCCAGGAGCUGCAGACACAGAUACGCCACCAUGAGGAACUGGCACAGAAAAUCAAAGGCUAUCAGGAGCAGAUUGCGUCUCUGAACUCUAAGUGUAAGAUGUUGACAGUUAAAGCUAAGCAUGCCACCAUGCUGCUGACUGUGAGUGAUGCUGAGGGCCUGACUGACGGCACACAGGACGGAGAUAGAGGUGCCAAGCCUUCCUCACACAUGUUGACAGCUGGUCGCAGUCACACUCUCCUGUCUCCUGUCACUGAGGAGUCUGGAGAAGAGGGCACCAACAGCGAGAUCUCCUCUCCUCUUUUCUGUCGCUCCCCUUCUCCUAUCACUAACACUGAGGCCUCACUUAGCAAGUUGUCAAUGGGCCGAGCUACUCUCACCAGAGCACCUAUACAGGAGCUGUACGAUCCAACUCUGGAAUCCGUGGCUAACCUAGAUGACCUUCAGCGUUCAUGGGAAACCUUAAAAAAUGUGAUCAGCGAAAAGCAGAAAACACUUUAUGAGGCCCUGGAGAAACAGCAGCGAUACCAAGGCUCUUUACAGUCCAUUUCCACAAAGAUGGAGGCUGUUGAAUCCAAGCUGAAUGCGCCCCCUCUUCCUGAUCUGAGUCCAGACAGACAGAUGGUUCUGCAUCAGAGUCUUAUGGAGGACACUUUACGACUACAGAGUGACAUAGAUGAGCUUCAGUCCAGCUUUGCAGAGGAGCUAACCUCUGACACACUGGACUCCGACACAGCUGACCAGCUAGCCAUGCAGUCCACCCUCACAGUGCUGUCUGAGCGCAUGGCUACCAUUCACAUGAAAGCCUCAGGAAAGCAACAGCUUCUGGAGGAGCGUCUGAGUGACCGUCUGGAGAAGCAGCAGCAGGAGCAGGCCUUACAGCUCUACCUCAGUCAGGUAGACGAACUCGACCAAUGGCUUUUGAGCACACGCAGCAUGCUCAGCUCCACCCCUCAGGAUUCAGACAUGGAUGAGCAGCUCUCAGACUGCCAGAACAUGCUGCUGGAGAUUGAAGAGAAGGUGCUGGCUCUUUCUGAGCUGUCCAUGCACAGCGAGACUCUGCUGCUGGAGGGACAGCCUGAGACCAGGGAGGAGGCAGAGCAGCUAGCCCGGAAACUGCGCACCUUAAAGGGAAGCCUGUUGGAACUACAGCGGAUGCUCCAAGACAAGCAGAUCAAUAUCCAGGGCUCACUACAGGAACAGUCUGACAGUGAAUCAGACUCAAGUCUCUCUCAGAGUCCUAGUGUGCAGGAUUGGCUGGCACAGGCCCGUUCCACAAGAACCUUACAGCACCAGGACACCCUCCAGAGACAGAAGGAACUUGAGGAACAGCUGGCUGAGCAGAAAAAGCUGCUGCAAUCUGUGGCAAGUCGUGGAGAAGAGAUCCUCACCCAGCAGGCUUCACCUAUCAGUGCCAGUCAAAGCAAGGUGGUCACUCCAGAGUUGGAGCAAGAGAGCCAGACUGCUCUGGGACAGAGGAGGCAGCGAUGGGAGAGCCUGAGGAAAGAUAUGACCACCAAACUGCAGCUACUGCUGAGCACCUUAGAACAGGACACCAAGCAACCAGUUUACUCCAGAACCGCUCGAGUGAACACGUCUCCUGCUUCAGUCUAUAAAGGAGAUGCCCAGGUCCAGGACAAAUCCACACUGAAGUCAUUAUACAGGGGGUUCAGUCAGUCUUUGGAGGAUGGUACUGUUCAGGCUGCAGGUUCAUCAGAAGAAGGGCAAGAGAGCCAGAUGGAGCAGCAGCUGUAUUCAGCGGUCACUGCCACCUCGUCUUGGCUGGAUGAUGUUGAGAACACGCUGUUUUCUGGACCGGUGCUUCUGACGGAGAAUGCAGAGACACAGCUCUUUAACCAUGAGGCCUUAGGGAAAGAUGUGGCCGAUAUGACAGAAGUGGUGAGCCAGAGCCGAGGGCUGCUUGGUGGCACUGGGAGGCUGCAGGGACAGGAGCAGGCCCUGAUGGAGGACACUCUUGACUGCCUUUCUCGGAGACUGGGAGCCCUUGACUCUGCAGUUGAGCGCCGCUGUGACACCAUGAGAAGCAGAAUGCAGGAACUUACUACCUUCCAGACUGAGCUGCAGCUUCUAUUCUCUGCUCUCAGUGAGAGCAAGUUCCACAUUCUACAGAAGCUAGCUGGGAUUCUAGACAGACCAGCAACGAAACAGCUGGAGACAAUUGCAGAAGCAGAAGAAUCCCUGAAAGAAAUGGAGCAGAAAAUCACAGAUUUAAAAGCAAGAGGAGCAGAGAUGCAGCUCGAUCAGGUUUCUGUCAGUGAACUGCUGAAGCUUCAGGACACUUAUGAGGAGAUAGUGAUGACAGUGGGCUCACGCCGAAGUGGGUUGAACCAGAACAUGGCUCUAAAGAGCCAGUAUGAGCGUGCGCUACAAGACCUGGUGGAUCUGGUAGAUACAGCUCAAGACAAGAUGGCAGCUGACCAGAAGAUCAUUGCAGGCUCAGUGGAGGAAGUCCAGGGUCUAUUAGACAAGCACAAGGAAUUCUUCCAAGGGUUAGAGUGGCACAUGGUCCUGACUGAGACUUUCUAUAAGAAAAUUAGUGCCUUUGUUGUACCACGAGAGACUCAAGCGCUAGAAGAUACUCUGGCCCAGGCACAGAGUGUUCUAAAGCAGGCUCACAAGAAAGGAGUGGAGUUGGAAUACAUCCUGGAGACAUGGAGUCGCCUGGUUCUGGACUACCAGUGUUUGUAUAGGCAUUUGGAGGCAGUAGAGGGCAGCAUGCCUGCUGUUCCUCUGCUGGAGGAGACAGAGGAGAGGCUGACUGAGAGAAUACAACUUUAUCAGGGCCUUAAAUCCAUUCUGACUGAACACCAGCACAAGCUGUAUCAGGUGCUAGAGGAGGGCAAGCGCCUGUUACUCUCUGUGGGAUGCCAUAGUCUGGAGAACCAGCUUACUUUGCUGGGGGAGCACUGGCUUAGCAACUCCACCAAGGUCAACAAGGAGCUGCAGCGUCUGGAGUCCAUCCUCAAACACUGGACCAGGUAUCAGAGUGAAUCUGCUGAACUGAACCAGUGGCUCCAUGAUGCUCUGGAACGCCUAGAAUUCUGGAGCACUCAGUCGGUGACUGUGCCAUCAGAUGUAGAGACAGUUAGAGACCACCUCUCAGCAUUCCUGGAGUUCAGUAAGGAAGUUGAAGCUCGCUCCUCUUUAAAGACCUCAGUGCUAAAUGAGGGCAACCAGCUUCUAAGGUUGAAGAAGGCAGACACCGGCAUCCUCAGGUCUGAGCUGGCCCGUGUGGAGGCCCAGUGGGCCGAGCUGAUCACCCACAUCCCUGUUGUUCAGGAGAAGCUUCACCAGUCACAAAUGGACAAGUUGGCCUCCCGCCAUGCCAUUACUGAGCUGGUGAACUGGAUCUCACUGAUGGAGAAGCUGAAUGAGGAGGAUGAGGAAAACCUUAAAGGAGCAGUGGGCUCAAAAGUCAUCCAGGAGUACCUGCAACGUUAUAAGGGAUUCCGUGUGGAUGUGAACUGUAAGCAGUUGACUGUGGACUUUGUAAACCAGUCAGUGCUGCAGAUUAGUGGUCAGGAUGUGGAGAGCAAACGCAGUGACAAGACAGACUUUGCAGAGAGACUGGGGGCCAUGAACCGCCGCUGGCAAAUAUUACAGGCUCACAUCACAGAGAGGGUCCAGUACCUGGAGAGCUUACUGGAGUCCUGGCUAGAAUAUGAGAGCAAUGUGCAGAGCCUGAAGACGUGGCUUGUUGCCCAGGAGGAGCGACUCAAGAGAAAACACAGGAUUGAGGAUGUAUCUUCAGUGCAGAAUGCUCUCAAAGACUGCCAGGAAAUGGAGGAGAUGGUUAAGGAGAAGGAGAGAGAGGUGGAAAGGGUAGAAGAGCAGGCCUGUGCUCUUGUCCAGAAUAAGACAGAUGAGGCCUGUGCUAUUGUCAUGGAAACACUCCAGGCACUGAAUCACACCUGGGCCAACCUGGACCACUUGAUAGGACAGUUAAAGAUCAACCUGAAGUCAGUACUGGAUCAGUGGAGCCAGUAUAAGCUGGCAGCUGAGGAGAUCAACAGCUACCUGACAGAGGGGAGAUACUCUGUGUCCCGCUUCCGUCUGCUCACUGGAUCUCUGGAGGCAGCGCAGCUCCAGGUCCACAGUCUACAGAAUUUACAAGAGCAGCUGGACAAGCAGGAAAGCAGUCUGCGAAAGUUUGGUGCAGUCACACAUCAGCUUCUAGAAGAGUGCCAUCCAUCUGUGUCUGACUCCCUCAAUAAUACUCUUAAAGAUGUCAAUGCCAGGUGGAACAGCCUGUUGGAGGAGAUAGCGGAGCGUCUGAAGAGCAGUAAGGCUCUGCUGCAGCUUUGGCAGAGCUAUAAGGAUCUGUAUGAGCAGGGCAAUGGCAGCAUUCAGGGCCUGGAGGAGAGGGCAGAGCAGAUGCUGAAGACAGCCAGCCGGAAGGACAUCUCAGAAGAGGAAGUGUCCACCUGGAUUCAAGACUGUAGUGAGUUGUUGCGUUCGCAGGCCCCAGUCCAGGCAUCUCUUCAGGUCCUGCUGGAGCUGGGAGAGCAGCUCAAACAGCAAGUGGACACCUCAGCUGCAGCAUCCAUCCAGUCUGACCACCUGUCUCUCUCCCAGCGCCUCAGCUCCAUGGAGCAAGCUCUUAGCCGACAGCAGGCUGCUCUCCAGGCUGGAGUGCAGGACUACGAGACCUUUAAUGAGCAGGUGGACACUCUGGGUCGAUGGAUAGUGGAGGCUGAAGAGACCCUGAAGGGGCAGGAUCCCAAUGGCUCCUCUGACCUGUCAAUCAUCCAGGACCGCAUGGAAGAUCUGAAGAGACAAAUGCUGAAGUUCAGCAGUCUGGCUCCAGAUCUGGAGCGCCUGAAUGAACUGGGGUACAGACUGCCCCUCAAUGACUCAGAGAUCAAACGAAUGCAAAACCUGAACAGGAGCUGGGCCAUCACAUCUGCCCAAACCACUGAGAGAUUCAGUAAGCUGCAGGCCACCCUAUUGCAGCAACAGACGUUUCUGGAAAAGUGUGAGACGUGGAUGGAGUUCCUGGUGCAGACAGAGGAGAAGCUGGCUGUGGAGAUCUCUGGAAACUUCCAGAGUUUGAUGGAGCAGCAGAGAGCUCAUGAAUUGUUCCAGGCAGAGAUGUUCAGCAGACAGCAGAUCCUACACUCUAUCAUCAGUGAUGGACAGCGCAUGCUUGAGCAAGGCCAGGUGGAUGACAGAGACGAGUUUAAGCUGAAGUUGGCCUUGCUGAGUAACCAGUGGCAGGGGGUCGUGCGGCGGGCCCAACAGCGGAGGGGAAUCAUCGACAGCCUGAUCCGCCAGUGGCAGCGCUACAGAGAUAUGGUGGAGAAACUGCGUAAAUGGCUUGCAGAGGUGUCACAUCAAACUGAGGCCUUACAUCCUAGAGCCCCAGUACCCCUGCAGCAGGCCCGAGCCAUGCUAGAUGCUGUCCAACUGAAGGAAAAGGUGUUGCAGAGGCAGCAAGGCAGUUACAUCCUGACGGUGGAGGCUGGGAGGCAGCUGUUACUCUCUGCAGACAGCCGAGCUGAAGCAUCCCUGCAGGAGGAGCUGCUCAGCAUUCAAGAACGCUGGAGACAUGCUAACAUCUGCCUGGAGGAGCAGAAACGAGAGUUAGCUGUUCUUCUCAGGGAUUGGGAGAGAUGUGAAGAGGGCAUUGGUGGGUCUCUGGAGAAACUGAGAUCUUUUAAGCGUCAGCUCUCUCAGACUCUUCCAGAUCAACAUGAGGAACUACAGGCUGAGCAGAUGAGAUGCAAGGAUCUGGAGGGCACAUUUGAUGGCUGGACAGAGGACCUGGCUCAUCUGACUGUGCUGAGAGAGUCUCUCUCUAGCUAUAUUAGUCCUGAGGAUCUGUGUGUGCUGCAGGAGCGGAUUGAACUGCUACAUCGUCAGUGGGAGGAGAUCUGCCACCAGUUGUCUUUGCGUCGGCAGCAAGUGAGCGAGAAGCUCAAUGAGUGGGCCAUCUUUAAUGAGAAGUACAAAGAGCUAUGUGAAUGGCUCACUCACAUGGAAUGCAAAGUUUCCCAGAAUGGUGACAUCAGCAUCGAGGAGAUGAUUGAGAAACUCAGAAAGGACUACCAAGAAGAGCUAGCAGUUGCACAGGAGGAGAAGCAGCAGCUGCAGCAAAUGGGGGAGCGUUUAGUCAAAGCCAGCCAUGAGAGCAAAGCUUCCGAGAUAGAGCACAAACUCAACAAAGUCAGCGAGCGCUGGCAGCAUCUCCUCGAUCUCAUCAGUGCAAGAGCGAAGAAGCUCAGGGAGACGCUGGUGGCUGUGCAGCAGCUGGAUAAGAACAUGAGCAGCUUGCGCACCUGGCUCACCCACAUCGAGACCGAGCUCUCCCGGCCUAUUGUCUACGACACCUGCGACUUUCAGGAGAUCCAAAGAAAGCUGGACCUUCAACAGGAGCUGCAGAGGGACAUAGAGAAGCACAGCACAGGGGUGGCCUCUGUACUGAACCUAUGUGAGGUGCUGCUGCAUGACUGUGAUGCCUGUGCCACAGACGCAGAGUGUGACUCUAUCCAGCAGGCCACACGCACCCUGGACCGCCGCUGGAGGAGUAUCUGUGCAAUGUCAAUGGAAAGAAGGCUCAAGAUUGAGGAAACAUGGCGGCUCUGGCAAAAGUUCCUGGACGACUUCUCUCGCUUUGAAGACUGGUUGGCAAUGUCCGAGCGGACGGCUGCUUUGCCAAACUCCUCUGGUGUGCUUUACACAGUGGCCAAGGAAGAGCUGAAGAAAUUUGAGGCUUUUCAGCGGCAGGUACAUGAGAGUCUCACCCAACUGGAGCUGAUCAAUAAGCAGUACAGACGUUUGGCACGUGAGAACCGUACUGAUGCAGCCUGCCGUCUGCGGGAGAUGGCUCAUGAUGGAAACCAUCGCUGGGAUAACCUGCAGAGACGAGUGUCCUCCAUCCUCCGCCGUCUCAAGCACUUUAUUAGUCAAAGGGAGGAGUUUGAAACAGCCAGAGACAGCAUACUGGUGUGGCUGACUGAAAUGGACCUCCAGCUGACUAACAUUGAGCAUUUCUCUGAAUGUGAUGUUCAAGCCAAAAUCAAGCAACUUAAAGCAUUCCAGCAGGAGAUCUCUCUGAACACAGCCAAGAUUGAGCACAUCUUCCACCAGGGAGAGGCUUUAAUAGAGAAGAGUGAGCCUCUGGAUGCUACUGUCAUUGAGGAGGAGCUUGAGGAGCUGCAGCGCUACUGCCAGGAGGUGUUUGGAAGAGUGGAACGCUACUACAAGAAACUCAUCCGCCUACCGCUAACAGAUGAUGAGCAUGAUAUUUCCUACUCGGAUCGAGAGUUUGAUUUAGACGAGGCGGCAGAUGUUUCCAGCCUUCCCUGGAGUGAGCGUCUGGGAGACGGUCUGUAUUCUCCACUGCCUUCCUCCAGCCGCUCUGCUUCCCUGGCUGCCCCGCUGCGGACAGAGCGCUCAGGUCGGGACACCCCAGCCAGUGUGGACUCCAUCCCUCUGGAGUGGGAUCAUGACUAUGAUCUGAGCCGUGGCCUGGAAAGUGCAAGCAGGGCUCUGGCUUCAGAGCAUGGAGAAGAGGGAGAGGAUAGAGCUUAUCUCCAGGGCUCAGCAUCUGCACUCUCAGAUGUAGAGAUUCCAGAGAGCCCUGAGGCAUAUGUAAAACUAACAGAGCAAACACUGAGGUCCACAUCUGGUGAAACAGCCUCUCUGGAGACUCAUUUCCGGCAGCUUUCCAAAGCGCUGGAUACCAGUCGCUUCCACCUGCAGCAGACCGAGAACAUUAUCCGCAGCCGCACGCCUACUGGCCCUGAGCUUGAUGCCUCUUACAUGGGAUAUAUGCGGUUGCUUGGGGAGUGCCGUGGCAGUAUUGACACAGUGAGGAGAGUCGGCUUUGAGCUGAAAGAGGCAGAAGACAAGACUGCAGGCUUUAUGAAUCCCAACAACUCAGAAACACAGACUUCAGGUGUAAUUGAGCGAUGGGAGCUGCUGCAGGCUCAGGCUCUUAGCAAAGAGCUGCGCAUGAAGCAGAACCUGCAGCAAUGGCAGCAGUUUAACUCAGAUCUGAACAGCAUAUGGAGCUGGCUCAAUCAGGCAGAGGAGGAGCUGGAGCAACAGCGGACACUGGACGUCAGCACAGACAUACAGACCAUCGAGCUGCGCAUAAAAAAGCUGAAGGAGCUGCAGAAGGCUGUGGAUAAGCGGAAGGCUAUAGUUCUGUCCAUAAAUCUGUGCAGUUCUGAGUUUGUGCAGUCAGACAGUGAUGAGUCUCGGGAGCUGCAGGGCCGCAUGAAGGAGAUGAAUAAUCGCUGGGAUCGGCUCACCAGCUCUCUGGAUGAAUGGAGGCGCUCUCUCCAAGAUGCAUUAAUGCAGUGCCAGGACUUCCAUGAAAUGAGUCACGGUCUACUUCUGUGGCUGGAAAAUAUUGACCGGAGGAGGAAUGAAAUUGUACCUAUUGAUCAGAGUCAGGACCCUGGAACCCUGCAGGAACAUCACAAAACACUUUCACAAAUCCGUCGGGAGCUGCUUGACUCCCAGCUGAAGGUGGCCUCCUUGCAAGACAUGUCUCUGCAGCUGCUGGUCCACUCAGAGGGCAGUGACUGCUUGGAAGCCAAAGAGAAAGUGCACGUUAUUGGGAAUCGACUUAAGCUCUUGCUGAAAGAGGUUACACGUGACAUCAGAGAGCUGGAGAAGACCCUGGACAUCACCAGCAGUCAGCAGGAUCUGUCAUCUUGGUCAUCUGCUGAUGAACUGGACACAUCUGGAUCCUUGAGUCCUGUGUCUGGGCGGAGCACCCCUAGUCGCCAGCGUUCGCCACGGGGCAAAAGUAGUCUGUCACAGCCUGGACCGUCUGUGAGCAGUCCACACCGCAGGUCUCUCAGCGCCGCUGGAUCCGUUUCCUCCCAUUCUGAGGAUAAAGAGCCGCGCUCCUGGUGCAGAACAUUCCUACGACGAGUCCUUUGGGCUUCACUGCCUGUGCAGCUCCUGCUGCUCCUGCUGCUGGUGGCCUUGGCCUACCUGGUGCCUAUGUCUGCGGAGGACUACAAUUGUGCCGGGUCCAACAACUUCGCUCGCUCAUUCCACCCUAUGCUCAGCUACACCAAUGGGCCUCCUCCAAUAUGAGCCUGAGUUUGACUGACACAGUCCUCAGAAAUGCGCCCUAAAUCAAAGUUACUCUGACUGGACAACUAACUUGCACCACUACAUUAGCAGCCAAAGCCAAUCAUUGUUAUUACUGUGUCCUUGUACAGCUAGCUGCUAUGUGUGUCCACGUCUCAAGUAGAUGUGAUAAAGAAGCUCAUUGCACUGAAGCCUAAUACACUGUAAAACACGGUGGAUGUUAGUUAUACACUGUAAAACAGGUAGGCUGUUUAAUGGUACUAAAGAAGUUCUUCCAAUUUUAAAAUAAAGAGAGAAAGAUAUUUACAAAGGUAUUUUUAACUGGAUAGCACUGGAUUUUAGCUGGAAAAUGGUACCUAUCAUGUCAUGUCACCAGGCCUGAUUUUUUUGUUGUCUUUUUUGUAUCAUGAGAAGUAUUUACAUUAUUUGAUUUGUUGCAAAGAUUAUAGUGUGGAAUUGCUGAUUACAAAUGAACAACUUGUAAAAUAACAUUUAAAGAACUAUAUAUUGCAAUUAUUUUUUAUAUGUAUUUUUGGCAUGUUGUAACCUCUUGCUUUUAAAGGUGUUUAUCAUUUAUCAGAUUUGUCAUUGUUGAACACUGAUCUUAAUUUUAACUAACGUGCUGUAAUAAUCAAUUUACAUGUUAUGAAUAUACAGUAUUGUAAGAAAAAGCACCGAGAUCAUGAUGAUUUUCCUUGUACAGUUUGCUAAGGCCUAAGAAACCUUUGCAUUGAAGACACAGAAAGUAAACAGAUAAUGUGCUUAGUGGUAUUUUUUGUAUUAAUCAAAUAACAGUAUACGAACAAAAAUUAAAUUAAAUGAUAUUGAUAUUUAAA